UUUCCUUUCCCUGUUGCUUGUAGGUAUGAUGUAUGUUUGGAUGUGUUAUAGACAUAGUGACGCCGAAAGCUAAUUUAUUUCCUUUCUCAUCUUGACCGUGAUGUUCUUGUUCUGUUUCUGCGACCAUGCUUAGUGUGAUAUGUUAUUACGCAUGAAUUUCUGUGAUUUUUGUAAAGUUUCAUUCUUGAACUGUGUUGUAGCUACAAAACCUAGGAGCUAUUUUUCUUCAGAACCCAUGAGUUUUCUUGUUACGCCACAAACGCGAAUACUCAAAAUAUAUUUCUUAAGAGGAAAAGGCAUAGCCCUGCUUUUCAUUAGAGCAACAGAAACUAAGUUUUAUCGUGGUUUCACGCUGGGGAUCACCAGCUUACACAAGUAGCAACAACGACUAGCAAGCCAGCAAACAAAGGGCGAUAUUUUUUUUUCGAAAUGAGGAUGUAACCCCAGCCUCUGCAUCGUGAUGAUGCACAUGGCCUUUAUUAAAACUUCAUCAUCCAGUAACAAACAAAGGGCGAUAUGGCAGUUAGAACAAGAACUCCCGUAACUAUCCUAGUCCUAGGUCAGAAACGCGAAAACUCAAAAUCCACACCUUUAGGCCGUGGUGGACUCCCUGCUGUCACCCGAUCGCUGUAGGGAUUGAUUCCCCAGCAAUUCUACAAAUCAAUGAAAACAUGAUAUCGCAAUGAUCAAGCACAGGGCUACAUGGCUGAUACAGAAAAUUUUCUCGUCUGGCCUCACGAACAGAUCACCAAAUUUCAGAAGAACACUUCAUUUUGCUAACCCCUGAACUUUCUUGUUCAGCGAGGGAACAAAUGGUGUAGCACAAGUUACAUCUUCAAUUUGGUGCAGCCUCGGUAGAUUUGACAUCCAUCACUCCAUUAACUCGUCAAAGUGAAAAGGGAUACCAUCUAGAGUAAAACAUAAUAUCCUUAGCUUUAACAAAAACAGAUCAAACCCCUCUACAAGCGCUACCCAGAUUUGAGAAGCUUGCACACUACACUUCCUGCCAAAAAAAUGUAUUACUUUUGGAAAAUACUGAAGUACUAGAGGAGCCCAAAGCAUCUGCUGUAAUUUAAUGUUGGAAUCUUCAAUCAAAAUUAAGUUUGCAGUUUAGUACCAAAAAAAGAUCUUUCAGCUACUAACUCCACAGAAGAUCUUGUUUCACAAAGGCGCCAUUGUUGACAUAAGAAAUUCGGAACUAGAGAGCACGGGAAAUAAGGCAAACUAACAGCCUGGGUAGUAUAAUUCAAUCAUCAGUCAUUUUUUUUGGACCAAUAUGUUCUACAUAAAUGAUGUACAAAAUAUUAAACAAGGAACUCCAAUGGUUGAUCUUAGCUCGAUUUCACAAAAAAGGAGUCUCACUAUCAUCAUUAGCUCAUUAGAAAGGAGACAACCUUUCCCUGAAUUAUAUUUAAUAUCUGUUGAUUUGCUAGAAGAUUUGCUCCUAGCAUAUCUACCCACCUUGCUAGCUUGAGUUGGUAGACAUGUUCAGAUGCUCCCUCGAGAAAUUUACUCUGGAAAAGUAUGUUGCUCAGAGUACCAAUCAGUGCCAGACCUGCCUUGCUAGAGUUUAUUUCGUUCCAAAUUAUGUCAUAUAUGGAAUGCUCUUGUUUAAAUCAUUAGGUGCACAACAGAAAGGCCAAAUAUAACCUUCCCAAUACUAUAGGCAAAUUGUUUUUCUGCAGAUAAGUGAAUCUUCUAUUGUUAGAAAACUACAACCUUAAUCUCAAAAAAAGAUUACAACCUUUAGUCAACUUUAUUCAGUUUAUUGUUUGGAAAAACGAUCACUCAUUACACUGAUGUACUAUUCAUUUGAUAAGAAUGAAUCUGACCUAGCUAAUUCACCUCCCAACUCACCACUUUUAAGAUCUUGAAGCGUUGAACUGGAUGGGUUGCGGAUAGAAAAUAGUGAGCUCUUAUGAUUAGCAUAGGAAGUGUCUUUAGAAGAUCUUUGGGUUCGCAGGAGAUGUGUCGCUUAUCAACAGUGUGUUGACACCGGAAAUUUAUGAUUUCAGGCAGCGACAAAGUUCAGCUUCUUUCUUUCCCUUGGUGUACCUUUGUAUUGUUUUCAGUCUUCUAAGUCCAUCAAAUUUGCUCACCCUUCUGAAAACAGGAAAAGAAACACAUCUUUAAUAGCAUUCAUCAUAGUGGUUUACCAUACCUUUACAUUAAUAUUUACCACUUCUCACUUGUAUGCACAAAAGGCGUGACACACAGCAUAUACGAGACACAACUGCCGAGUGGUUCAAGUACUUGAAGCAGGAAAUGUCUUCCUCAACGUCUACUUCUAGUUCUUCUAGCCGGAACCGCCAGAGCUCCCAGGCAAGGGUAUUAGCACAGACAACCCUUGAUGCUGAACUCAAUGAUGAAUAUAAAGAAUCUGGUGGCUCCUUUGACUACUCCAAGCUGGUUGAAGCCCAGCGGACUGCUCCACCUUUGCAGCAGGGGCGGUUGGAGAAGGUCAUAGCCUACUUGCAGCACAUUCAGACAGGAAAGAUACUCCAACCAUUUGGUUGCUUGUUGGACCUUGAUGAGAAGAGCUUCAAUGUCAUCGCGUUCAGUGAGAAUGCGCCGGAAAUGCUUACAACAGUUAGCCAUGAAGUAACCAGUGUUGACAACCCCCCAAGGCUAGGCAUUGGCACAAAUGUAGAGUCUCUUUUCACUGACCAAGGUGCCACGGCGCUGCAUAAGGCACUGGGUUUUGCUGAUGUUUCUUUGCUGAAUCCUAUCCUGGUUCAGUGCAAGACCUCAGGCAAGCCUUUCUAUGCCAUUGUUCGUCGAUCAACUGGUUGUUUGGUGGUAGACUUUGAGCCUGUAGAGCCUACAGAAUUUCCUGCCACUGCUGCUGGGGCUUUGCACUCUUACAAGCUUGCUGCCAAGGCAAUCUCUAAGAUCCAGUCACUUCCAGGUGGAAGCAUGGAAGUGCUAUGCAGUACUGUGGUUAAAGAACUCUUUGACCUUACAGGGUAUGAUAGGGUUAUGGCUUACAAGUUUCAUGAGGAUGACCAUGGCGAGGUCUUUGCCGAGAUCACAAAGCCUGGUCUUGAGACUUAUCUAGGUCUGCACUAUCCAGCCACUGAUAUCCCCCAAGCAUCCAGGUUUCUUUUCAUGAAGAACAAGGUACGGAUGAUCUGUGAUUGCCGUGCGAGAUCCAUAAAGGUCAUCGAAGACGAGGCACGUCCCUUUGAUAUUAGCUUGUGUGGUUCAGCACUCAGGGCACCACACAGUUGUCACCUUCAGUACAUGGAGAACAUGAACAUGAUUGCAUCCCUUGUCAUGGCUGUCGUGGUUAAUGACGAUGAAGAGGAGGAUGAAGUCGAGUCUGAACAACCAGCACAACACCAGCAGAAGAAGAAACUAUGGGGCCUCCUUGUUUGCCAUCAUGAGAGCCCCAGAUAUGUCCCUUUUCCGCUGCGUUAUGCUUGUGAGUUCAUAGCACAGGUGUUUUCUGUCCAUGUAAGCAAGGAGUUUGAAUUGGAGAAACAGCUGCAUGAGAAGAGCAUACUGAGGAUGCAAACCGUUCUUUCUGACAUGCUGUUCAGAGAAGCCUCUCCCCUGACUAUUGUAUCAGGGACACCCAAUGUCAUGGACCUAGUCAAAUGUGAUGGUGCUGCUCUUUUGAAUGGAGGCAAAGUAUGGCGCCUGUGUAAUGCUCCGACCGAGUCUCAGAUACAUGAUAUUGCCUUAUGGCUGUCAGAAGUUCAUAGGGAUUCCACUGGCCUGAGUACUGAUAGCCUCCAUGAUGCUGGCUAUCCAGGAGCUUCUGCUCUUGGUGAUAUGAUUUGUGGAAUGGCAGUGGCCAAGAUUAACUCCAAGGAUAUUGUUUUUUGGUUCAGGUCACAUACAGCUGCUGAAAUCAGAUGGGCAGGUGCAAAGAAUGAUUCCUCGGACAUGGAUGACAGCAGAAAGAUGCACCCAAGACUGUCUUUCAAAGCAUUCCUUGAAGUUGUCAAGAUGAAGAGCUUGUCUUGGACUGACUAUGAGAUAGAUGCUAUUCAUUCGUUGCAACUUAUACUUCGAGAUAAGCUGAAUGAUGCCAUCAAGCCAACCUACGAAGCUAGUUUAGAUAAACAGAUUGGUGAUCUUAAACUUGAUGGGCUUGCAGAAAUGCAGGCGGUGACCAGUGAAAUGAUUCGUCUAAUUGAAACAGCAACUGUUCCAAUAUUCGCAGUAGAUGUCAAUGGAUUGGUCAACGGGUGGAAUCAGAAAGCAGCGGAAUUGACUGGGCUAAGAAUUGAUGAUGCUAUCGGAAGAGACAUACUUUCCCUUGUGGAGAAAUCUUCUGAACUAGUUGUCCAGAGGAUGCUAUAUCUGGCUUUGCAGGGUAAAGAAGAGAAAGAAGUUCAAUUUGAGGUAAAGACUCAUGGCCCCAUGGUGGAUGAUGUCCCUGUUAUCUUGAUUGUGAAUGCUUGUGCAACCCGGGACCUUCAUGGUCAUGUUAUUGGGGUGUGCUUUGUAGCCCAAGAUAUGACUGUCCAUAAGUUGGCGAUGGACAAGUUUACUCGGGUUGAGAGAGACUACAUGGCGAUCAUUCACAACCCAAACCCACUGAUUCCUCCUAUAUUUGGUGCUGAUGAAUUUGGAUGGUGCUCUGAGUGGAAUGCUGCAAUGACCAAGCUAACUGGGUGGCACAGAGAUGAAAUGCUUGAUAAGAUGCUUCUUGGUGAAGUGUUCAACAGUAGCAAUGCCUCCUGCCGUUUGAAGAACAAAAAUGCAUUUGUAGGUCUUUGCGUUCUUGUCAAUAGUGCACUAGCCGGCGAAGGAUCAGAAAAGGCUCCAUUUGGCUUUUUCGACCGAAGUGGGAAGUACAUUGAGUGUCUUCUAUCAGUGAACAGAAAAGAAAAUGAGGAUGGUCUCAUCACUGGAGUAUUCUGUUUUAUUCAUGUCGCUAGUCAGGAGCUGCAACAUACACUACAGGUGCAGAAAGCUUCGGAGCAGAAGUCACUAAAAAGGCUGAAGGCUUUCUCCUACAUGAGGCAUGCAAUCUCGAACCCUCUCUCAGGCAUGCUUUACUCAAGGAAAGCACUGAAGAACACAGGUUUAAAUGAAGAACAGAUGAAGCAGAUCCAUGUCGCAGAUAAUUGUCACAACCAGCUAAACAAGAUACUCAUGGACUUGGAUCAAGAUAACAUCACCGAAAAAUGUAGCUGCUUGGAUUUGGAGAUGGCUGAAUUUGUGUUGCAAGAUGUGGUGAUGGCUGCUGUAAGUCAAGUACUGCUAGCCUGCAAGGGAAAAGGGAUCACAGUCUCUUGCAACAUGCCAGAGAUAUUUCUGAAGCAAUUAGUCUACGGAGAUGGUGUUCGACUCCAGCAGAUUCUCUCUGAUGUCCUAUUUGUUGCAGUGAAGUUCUCCCCCGUUGGAGGUUCUGUUGGGAUUUCUUCCAAGCUGACAAAGAAAAGCAUCAAAGGAAAUCUUCAUCUUAUUGACCUUGAAAUCAGGAUCAAGUACCAGGGAUUAGGAGUCCCAGCAGAGCUAAUGUCCCAAAUGUUUGAGGAGGACAGCAAGGAGAAGUCAGAGGAGGGCCUGGCCCUCCUAGUAUCUAGAAACCUGUUGAGUCUCAUGAAUGGCGAUGUACGCCAUCUAAGGGAAGCUGACGUGUCAACCUUCAUCCUCACCUUCGAACUUGGAAUGGGACAAUGAUGAAGAAGCCAGUCCAACAUAUGGUCAUGAGAUGGUAUGUGAAACCAAGAUUAGUGUAUCAUGCAAGACAGAAGCUAUAGGGGACGCACGUCCAGGGACAAGCCAACCGGCUAGGCUAUGGACUUGGUGCCCUCAUCAUUUUUCAGUUAGUAAUAAAGUGAGUCUUAGGAUUUGGAAACAGAAAGGUUUUGUCCCGAAGAAGGUUACCCUGCCGUUUCCAAAUCGUUUAGAAGUCUGUUUCUAAUUCUAGUCGGAGUAGUAAUCGAAUUAUUUAUAUCCCUUCUGGUGGAGGAACGAAUCAAGCAAGAAACAAAACCUAAACUUCUAUUAA